GUUCCUCUCUCAAUUUUGCAUUUCCCCGGGCUUUAGGCGUCGGAGUCGUGACGUGAGGCAAAUGUAUCGCAAAGAGAGCUUUCGGGGCCUUCAGGGCCGGCUGCUCGCGUGCGGCAUCAACUUUCUGCAUCGGCACAUCAAGGACGAUGCCGAUGUGCACGAGAAGAUGGCAGGGAAUGCCGUCUUUCGCCUAUUCUGCGAGCGCUCCGUUGACAUGACCCUGCACAGCAGCCCUGGAGGUGCGCACAGGCGCCUGGCCCACCAUAAAGAGCUCCGGUGUAUGUCAUCAUUUCUUUGCAGACACAGCUUCCUUCAUCGUUGAUAUCGUGCACCGCGGGCUGUUUGGGGUACCAAUCAAGUCAUUUCUGUCCUUGAUGCCAUCUGCCGCGUGUGCCUCGUCUCGUCAAUCAGGUGGCUCCGUUCAUCAUAAGCAUCAUCCUGCUCAGCCGCUUCAAGCAGAAGACGCACAUCUCGCUGCACUGUGCGACGUGGCGGCCGCUGUUUCUCUCUUCGCUGCUCAUCGCUGACAAGAUGUGGGAGGACAAGCCUGUCCGGAACUCGUCCAUACCGAUGCUCUUCCCGGCCCUCACCAACCAGGAGAUUAAUGCUCUCGAGAACACCAUCCUGAUGGAAAUCGGGUGAGGGAGGUCUCCUGCAAGGGAGGAAGGCAGCUGAGACACCUCAGCACAUUGCGUGGUUACUUGCAGCUUCAACUUGUUGAUAACACCGACCCUCUUCAACUCCUUCUGCGAGAAGCUGCUGUAAGCACGAUGGAUGACACACUGCCGCAUACCUCCUGAGCAUCGUGUGGGCUACCUAUGUCGCGUGUCUCUGCAGGGCUGAAGCCAUUCACCCCGAGAUUGAGUUGGUACGGUCGCCACUUCUGAAGCAAUGUCCCAGGGUGAGCAUCCGCCCUUCUUGACGUUUUCCCUUCCAUCAGGCCCUUCACCAGAGUCAGCUCAUGGCUGACCUGACGUCGACCACGCAGUACACAGGUGCUCAUCAAAAGGAGAGAUACUCGAUGCAUAGCUUAGGCAUCGGUCGUGUUGUACAACGCAGAUUUGGCUCCAUCGCAGCUGCUAACGAUCCCUGCCCCUGAUGCCCCGACGCCCUCCAAACAGCCCAACAACGCGAAGCAAUCGCACACACCCAAACAGAAACAGGUUGGUUGCCAGGUAGUCACCGGCGUCAAUCGUGUCUCAUGUCUCUUGGUUGGCAGGCUCGAGCUCGGUCAGCUGAUGGCAGGGCUUUGUCUGUUCCAAGGCGCACGGCGCCGCGUGUGCAGGCACACGGCGCGGGAAAGGGCCAGGUGGAUGGGGUGCGGCGUUUUGAUCCUGCCUCAGCAAAACAACUAUGCAAGACAGCUCCGAUGCAUGCAGCAGGUCAGAAUGGGAUGCGAUAGACCAGAUCAUUACGUUGGAGGUUGGACCUCGAUGGCUCUUGUCUGUCUCCUUCUGCACAGGUGCUGCCUUUGCGGCUCCUUCACGCAAGACCGUGGGGGGCACUCAGCGGAGGACUGUGGCCAAUGUUACACGGCCAGACGGCCACACCAAGGUGAGUACAUGAGCGGGUGGCGUCGGCCAUGUAGGCAGGCAUGAUUCUAUCUGCGGCCUGUGUGGCAGGGCGGCGCUCUGUUCGUGCCCAGCACCUCUAUUCCUCAUCUGCCUGUCGUCGUGGCGAGUGGUGGUCGACGACCACUUGCGCACGGCAAGGAUCUGCCCAAUGGUCCUCUCAUCCAACAACUGAAGAAAGGCGAGGAGGAGCGGGAAAAGAAGGCUUUGGUGCAGGACGGAGAGGCCAGUCCGAAGCACAACGGGGGAACUGGGGGAGAUGGGGUCAAUGCCGUGUAUCAGCAGGGAAAUGUGGAGGAGGGCACCAAAGCAGACGGCAUUGCAGGUCCAAGAAGAGAAAGAGGAGAAGACACAACACACAUACACCUAUUUGCACCAGCUCUGCUUUGCCCAUUGCUGCUGCAGUGUCUGGCCCAGCUGUCGGCGCCGGCGAUCGCCACUCGCGUGAUCCUUCGCGAGUUCCCUCCGCCGCUCGCGCUUCCAAGCUCAAACGUGACGCAAGCAAUCCGUCUCGUCCACGGCACAAGUAUUCCACCCCGUUCCCCAACCAGACGAAGAGGGCUCCCCGGGGCACCGCAACGAGCCCAGGUUCGAAUGCGAUGAUACAGCCCAAACAGCCCAAAGCCAAGGCAAAGCAGGCCAAGGCAAAGCAGCCUACCACUCGAGUGGAACCCAAGUAAGCACAGAUAAGAGGCAGAUAAGAGGGGAGGGGAAACGUCGUAUUGCCGCUCAAUGAACAGGGUGAAGAGGGUGCCGAGGGCGGAAACUCAAAGAUUCGCACCAGCUGUUGGUAACCAUAAUCAUCAGGCAUUCCAUUCCGCCACACCAAGACACACCAAGAUACCCACGUAUCUGUACUUGUCGCGAGUCAGGCAACCCUAAGGUCGUGUCACAUGGUCGGCUCCACGUCCAGCAUCCUCGCGACGAGUGCGUGUCAGAUGGGCCCACAACAGAGCGGCCGGGGGUCAGUGAUGCGGCCGGAGCGGUCCAAGCCGAUCAGAGCCAGGUCCUUAGAUAAUGAACAGACACCCAGACAUACCUAGCAUCCCUUAUGGUUUGUGCCACAGAAGCCCGUUUUUGAGAGCCACCCGAUUGAUGGUCGCUCACCGUCUGCCCCACCCCAUCCAUCGGCCCCCCGCAUGCCCGCGUUCUCAUCUGGCUUGCAUUUCGCCGUCCCGCCGCCCUCCCGCGGCACUGUGGCCGUGCCAUACCCGGGGGUCGUCGGCGGCUGUCAUCCGGUACCCCAAAUGAGCAGGUCAGCCGGGAAAGGGACAUAGGACAUCUGUUUUAUAUCACAUUAUUCUCCGUUUCCGUCGUUUACAGGUUGGUGUAUCCCCCUGCAGUCGAUCGCCGGACCCUGCACCCAAUCCCACGCCACACACUUGGUGCAAAGGUAAGUUUCUGAUGCGCUGACAGACAAUCGCCUUCCCUCUCUUGUGUCUUCCUCUUUUCACAGCUGCUGCCCAGCCAGACCAACCAGUUCCAUGUCGUCCGACCUCCUCUCGUGCCCUUGGGUCCGCUGCAUCCACCUCACCCCCUUCUUGUCGCGAAGGCACCUCCCCCUCCACCGGUCUACUACCCCGCGCCGCCGCCGCCGCCGCACUCACGAUCCCAUCACUCCCUCCUCGGUCAACCCCAGCGGCCUCCCAUAGCAAGCAAUGUGGCGUACCUGAGGCCCUCUCAGAAUGUUCGGGGAGAGCAUGCAGCGGUGAAGACACAGCUGGCGACGCAUGUGAGGUCGGGACCAUCCUUUGGCUCGGCGAUUGGCCUUCCCCUGCCACACGGCGUCCCUGCUCCUGCUCCUGCUGCUGCUGCUGCUCUUGGUACACAAAUAAAUAAUCACGAGACCUUGGUCGGCAUGGUUGCAUGUUUGUGUCAGGUCGGUCGAUUUCUCCUCCCCACCACAUGUGGGGGGGUCCUCGGACUGUCACCCCGCAGCAGGAGGCGUACAUGGCAGCGGAGGCGCGUCGUUUGGCAGCGAUAGAGGAGGAGAGGCAGCGGACGGAGAAGCAGCUGAGAGACAGACACGCCGAAGAGCUCUUCAGACAAAUGGUCAGCGCAGGCACUCACACACAUCCCUUGACCACUCCUUUUCUGCGCCUGUCUGUGUGUCUGCCUGUCUCUCUCUGUGUGUGUAGGAUUUCCACCAGGUGCAGCGUGCCCGCGACAUGCAGAUGAGAGGGCUCGAGAAGAGACAGGUCGGUGGGGCCAACCACACAUAGAGAGGGAGGGAGGUGGUCGCAUUGCUGUGUGCUGUGGUCAUGGUUGUGUCUUUAUCAUCAGAGUGAGUUGGCCGAGCGAGAGUUGUCUCGGGCGCUGCAGACGGAGCGCAUCAAGCAGGAGGAAAUCAAACGAGUCCUCAAGGUGCGUAUGUGUAUGUGUGUGUCUGUCGAGUAGGGCAAUGGAUAGAGCUGCCAUUGGUGUGGUGUGGGUGCAGGCCAACAGGGAGCAGCGACAGGCCGACCAGUGAGGGAGCGACUGGAUGAGGGCUGCGGGGGUGGCUCUUAGUCGGUCUGUCGUGGCUGUCGUGUGGCAAGGCACACAUGAGAGAGAUUGGACCUCACUUGCUGCAUGAUUCAUCCAUGAGCAUUCCUUCAUUCAUUCAUGAGUCGAC